CCGCCUCUUCCAGCAAAGGAACUCACUAUACCUGACUACAGAGCAAAGAUUGGACGAAGGCGUUGAGUCCGCUUUACAGGAUUGAUAAACACGUCUGGCCCGUGCAUUUGCGGAAGUGCGGGAUGUGGCAUGUUUCUUGCUGAAUAUGUCGCGAACAUGUCCAACACCAACGUCAACAACGGACUCGCUUGGCGGAGGGGUACCUUCUUCAAUCUCACUGUCAGAUGAUGGAGAAUAUGCCACCCAAUUGAACGGAAAAGAUCUUGUUAUCCAUCUCAACCCAACUUCUUCGGAGUUCAACGAGGUACAGAUUGUCAAGGUCAAGGAAACAGCAUGCAAAUUCCUAAGAUUCUCCCGUUCAAGGCGGGGCGAGCCUUCUCGCCGCUUGCUAUGUGCAAGCGACUCCCGUAUCCUUGUUUGGAACCUGAACCCGCUGCAGCCACUGGCUGAGAUUGAGAACAUCGAAUCUGGUGCCCUGAACAUUGAUUUUGGGAGCGACGAGAAUGAGGUGGUUCUGUUUCAUUCGUGGAAUACAAAACUCACCAUUUUUGGACUCGACACUGGUCGCAGUCACGUCAUAAAAACGCCCAAGUUCGCCCACCAUAAUGGGUUCGGAUAUCGGCCAAAAACAGGGCACCUUGCCAUCUUACUUAAACCCGACGCAAAUGAUACUUUGACCAUCCACGAGCCUCGCUCGUACGAACUUAUCGGACGCGAGGUCCUCCCAACAGUGGACGCGCAGGGCUUGAAAUGGAGCCCGGACGGGCAAUGGAUAGCCGUAUGGGAUGCUGCCAGUGCGGGAACUAAGGUUCUCAUAUUCACGGCCGAUGGCCAGCUUUUCAGGGCGUAUACAGGGCCCUCUGGGUCAGAUGAGUCACUUGAUUUGGGUGUCAAGGUGAUUGAAUGGAGCCCCGUUUCUCCCCAUGGUAAUCAGUCGGAGGUGUUGGCUGUUGGAAAGGUUGAUGGUACGGUCGACCUUCUUCAGUCUAGAACAUUCUCUUGCUCCGCCACACUUUCACACGUGUUCCAGAUUGAGCAACAUGCUCCUAGUAUAUGGAGAGAGCGAUACGCCGCGGGCGGCAUGGCUUUGGAAUACGCCGAAUCUUCAAGCUCUUCUGCUUUUACCACAUUGCCCGAACCCUCGACUACCUUACGAGGGGUGUCAAUGAUGGGAUUUAGCUAUAAUGGUGCUCUUCUGGGCACCGUGGAUCAAACCCGGCCCAACGUUGUCUGGAUCUGGGGAUUGGAAAACACCCCUGUAUUAGUCUCGGCCUUGGUACAUGAGCAUGCCGUCAGGCAAGUUGUAUGGCAUCAUUCGAGCAUACAACUACUCAUUACUACGGCCAAUAGUGCUCUUCCUGGUGUUCGGUACUGGAGUCCGCACCGUGCCCCGUCUGUCGUACGUAUUCCUGUUUCACGAAACGAAAAUGCGAAACUGGAUGUACGAUGGUUGCCUUCAGAUGAGGGUGACAAAUCAAGGUUCUGGUUCGGAACUCCGGAUGAUUAUGUCCUGGGAUAUAUUGGACCAGGAGAAGAGCAGGGCACAUCGCAAUUCCAAUGCCUGAAUACUCUUGCUGGGAAGGUUGCUCCUGGUAGCCAUAGCACACUUAUGAAUCGAUGAAACUUCAGCCAAACAGCUUCACGAGUGAUAAGUUCGUAGCAAGCCAACUCACAACUCAAUGCAAAGCAGAGCCCCUGGCAUGCUGAGUUGUGAAACGGGCUUUACCCAAACCAAAAGACUCAGACUCAGACAAAGUGGGGUUCUGUAUAGUCCUACCUCCGACGAUCGUUGCUGAUGCCUGACUACUGAGGCAGAAACGCCAUAGUUCACCAUGGGCGGAACGGGGAUCACGUGAACUUUAACCGAAAGAGCCAGGG